AGGUUUUGUGAUAGGCGGCUAGGGUUUUGACUUUCUUUUUGCUAUAAAUCUCUAAAACCUUGCUCUUGCCUCCAAACAUUCUUUUUAUUUUCUACGAGGUAAUACAGUUUUUUAGUCUUUGAGCUCCUAAAUUGAUCUGAUUAAAACCCGAACAAAUUCCAAACCUCCCAGCCACCUGUUUGAUUCAAUCCCCAGUUUGAUUCCGUACAUAAUAUCGGUUCCUGUUAAUCUUGAAAUUCUUUGAUUUAAUCCCUCAGAAUUAGGCGUUAGCCCAUACUUUGUCUGUGAUUAAGUAGUCCUUUUGCUCAUUCAUUCCUUCAAAACAUAUACCAUUUUCUUGAAGCAGCCAUAGUUAUCGAAUCCACUCAGCAUUACAGGCUCUUCUACCAUGGGAUCCAUUAUCGGAGGGAUCGUCUGAAUUCAGUACAUUCUAUCAUCAUUUAUUUGAUUGGAUUGGAUCAAUUUCACCUGUGAGAAUUUUGCAAUGAGUUUUCCUGAUCAUCACUCUGGCUUCAUGCUAUCGCCGCUACCAUUUGCGGCGGACGAAGAUUCCAAUGGAAGGUGGCCGCAAUUCCCAAUCAACAACGAACUAUUCGAUUCACGUUCAACAUUUGAUCAUCUUCCUCCGUUCAAGCGGCCCAGAACAUCCGAAAGCAGUCACUUCGAUCACUCGCCAUUCCCGCCGCCCAGGAUGCACCACCUUCAAAAUCCUCCGACAAACAGAGGAGGAACGAGCCACAUUUUUUACAAGACUCGCCCUUGUGCUAAAUUCAAAAUGGGCACCUGUAGGAACGGCGAGAAUUGCAAUUUUGCUCAUGGCGAAGAGGACAUGAGGCAGCCACCACCAAAUUGGCAGGCACUUGUUGGUUUGCGCGAUGAAGAACGGCCGUCUGGAAACUGGGACGAUGACCAGAAAAUCAUACAUAAGAUGAAGCUGUGCAAGAAGUAUUACAAUGGUGAGGAAUGUCCUUAUGGUGAAAGGUGCAAUUUUCUUCAUGAAGACCCGUCCAAGUUCAGGGAUGAUGCAGGGAGGAGCAGGGAGAGCUCAGCUAUAAGCCUUGUGGCUAAUGGAUCUCCAAAGUCGCACUUGAAUGGCCCUAAUAAUUCAGACAAUAAUAAGACUGUCAACUCUGGUUGUGAUGGUUUUAGAACAAAUGGGAAGGCUCCUUUCUGGAAGACCAAGUUAUGUAGCAAGUGGGAGACAACAGGACAGUGCCCUUUCGGCGAUAAAUGUCAUUUUGCUCAUGGACAAGCAGAGUUACAAGCGCCUUGUGGACGCGGUGAAGCAGAAGCUAUAGGAGCACAAUCAAUUCCAAUAAAUGAUAUAACUCCUAUAAACACUGCAAGUAUACUUGAUUCAAAAGAAGAGGAGCAGAACAAGAAGAAUUUGCUGAAGUGGAAAAUAAAUAAGAAGGUCAAUCGAAUUUAUGGUGAUUGGCUCGAUGAUUUUCCAUUUCCAAGGUAGGUAGUGGGAUAGCUAGAGUUUGAAUCUUGGAAAGUUUGCUUUCCGUGAAAUUUUGAUAAUAUGGGGUCACUUAUGCUUGGUGAUCACUUCAUUGGUUUAUUUAUUUUCUUCUUUUUUUAUGGGUUUCGAUAGUUAAUUUUUUGUUCAAAAGGGUCCAUUGUAUUUCUAAUGGGUUGAGAUGAUUCUCCAAGUUUUAAGGGCAUGCUCUGAACAAAUCAUGUAUUCAAUUUCUAUUUUAUA